CUCUCCUCCGGGGCGGGGUGCCGGGUCAGGUCGGGCCCGAGGGGCCCGCUCGGCGGUGAAGCGCCGGACAAAGGCGGCGCCGGAGCGGGCGCAGGUGGUGGCGUCGGGGAGGGGAGCGGGUCCGAGCCACCCACCCCGAGGGGCGGGCGACAGGACCGGACUCUGCCCCGGGGAUUGCGGGGGCCGGGGCGCCCGCCGGGAGGAGCUGCGGCACUGGCUCACCGCUCCAGCCGCGGAUCGCCUCGCGGUUCUGGGAAGAGAGGGGUCGACCUGGCCAGGGCAGAGGGGCAGAGGUGGGGGUGUGCACACGCUGGGCCUGGCCGGUGGUGAUCGGGUUGCUGGAGUCACCGAGACGACAGUGCAGUGAGCCACUCUGGAGUCAGCCAGGAAUGAGGGGUUUCAGCAAGCAGAGGCUGCCCACGGGCAGGGGUUUAAUCCCACGUAGGACAUCUCCUAGUCGACAUGUCAACAGUGUUAAGAGGGCAGGACACCAGUUGGAUUGGGGACUAGGAGACAACCCCAGAUGUGCUACGGCAAUGCGUCCACAAGUGCCUUCAGCACUUUUCUUUAGCCAAAGGAGAUACCCACAUAGGGAAAUGAGAAGCUGAGUUUAUAAAUGCAGGCAGGCAUUUAAUGACUAAAUAAAAAAGGUUUCCAGUCCUUUUUCCUUUGUGCGGCUUGAGACUUGCCUCCCCAGUCUCUCCACCUCUGUGUUUUCUGAAAAAAGGAGAAAAGUGCCCUAGAGGCACCACAUGUCCUGGAGGGACGCCACUGUCCUUGGCCUGCUGGAGGGCACUUGGAAAGCACUGGCUUAAGCUAUGAGUGCCUCUAACCCCACCAGUGACCAGCUCUAAACUGGUUGCUGUUUUCCCAUUUGUAAAAACCCACUUAGAGGUACCGUGCCCCUUAAUGUGACCUCAUACUUAAUGGAAAAGUUGGGAGACCACAAAGACAGGGAGGCUCAGGCUGUUCAGAAUGUGGUCUUUUGCUAGAAUCUGAGUUCGAAUCCCACCCCACAUAGGUGUUGGUUACUAGGUGCUCCCAGCUGUGGUUGGCUCUAACCCUGCCCUGGGAAAGCUGCCUAUCAGCCUUGCUUAGUACAGACACGGAGUUAAUUCAUGGCCACCCUCUAUCCCCUCCCCAGGAGGGUCUAGACCCUAGGCUGGGUGGAGUUGAGCCUUGUGGGAAAGGGAGGUAUUACCUCUUGCAGGAGACUGAAGUUUGUUCUGAGAGAAUUUAAUUGUAUGUCUAAGAUCCAGAGAAUGGUGAAGAAUCUCAAGGCCUUCAUGCCUUCUCUGGGGCUACACAGUACGUGAUUUCUUUUGGUGGCAAUCAGAAGGGGGUGACCUGGUCUGGCCGCUGGAAUAUAUGAAGGGGAAUUGCCAAAACAUUUUUCUCUUUGACAAGCUCUUACCGGGCAGGAGACUCAAGUCAGUCAAAGAGAUGUCUGGGAGGAUUUGCUCUGGAGACUUUAGCCAGUGAAGAGCUUCUUUCUUUUUUAUGUCUCCCUCCUUUUCUUUCUUUCUGUUGCUCUGCUGUCCCCAUGUCAGCCCUGUGUUGUUGUCAUGGCCUUUCUUUCCCUCCGGCUUCCUCUGGUCCUUCUGAUCCAGUCUGUACACAGCUGCUAGAUCAUUCUUCCUAAAGCACUCCUCCCCCGGUGUCACUCCCCUAUCCACAGACUUGCAGUGGCUCCCCUUUUCCUGCAGUCUGACCCUAGACAGUGUCCCCUGAGGCUCUCCCUUAGCUGUGCCAUGCACAUUUGUCUCCCUGCGUCUUUGCUUCUGCUGCUUUCCCCAGUUGUCCCCAAUGAGGAGCCCCUUGCCUUCCUCUCCUCCCGCCUGAACCUCCUCAUCCUUCAUCUCACUGUCACUUAGGACACCAGGCCAAUAAUGCUUGCCUCUGCGACUGUGACACUAGAAUUUAUAACAUGGUGUGUUUUUGAGUGGUUUUGUAGGUUGGAAGUUUCUUAAGUACAGGGACAGUAUGAGUGUUAAAGCUUUGUGUGUGUGUGUGUCUGUGUGUGUGUGAGAGAAAGACUAUUCCAGGAUUUCUGGUAUAGUGCAGUGCACAUUGUUUUUGUUGAAUGAAUAAAUGCAGUUGGCUGCUUGGUUGGGUGGGAACAGAGGGGAAACAUUCCCUUCUGCUUCCCCCAGAAAUGCUCAGUAUGGAGUCCUUGGUGGUUUCCAACCUUUUCUGUCAAUGGCAUAUAGAUAGAGCAUGUUUCGGGUGCUUUAGCAUGGGGGACAAAUGAAAUUUAGUGUUGUUUGUGAUAUUCUGGCUGGUGAAGAGUCUGUCCUGUGGAUUGCUCACAUGAUACCCUAUAGACAUGAAUUGGAAAAGGGCUGUAAUCCUGUUUUGCUCCUACCCUAGCAGGCCAUUCUCUUCACCCGGCUUUGCUGCUCUUAUGCAAUUUUCCUUGUUGUCCAUGUUAAAUGAAUCCAUAUGUUUUAUCUCUUCUCAAUCCUGGGUGUAAAUGAGGGAGAAAACACGGUUCUGAGAACAGAAAAGAAAAGGAUUGCUGGGUCUUGCCUGUGGACGGGACUUUUGGGACUAGUGUUGGAAGAGGUGUUUAUAGGGGCAUCGCUGACAUGGGAGGCACGAUCAGCCCCACACUGGACCCGUCAGAAAGGAAAGCUAUGAUCCCGGCUUUCUCGGAACUUGCGUUUUUGUUUACCAUCAGCCCUGGACCAUGAGGGAAAUGGGAGAGAGGACUGGUGACUGGUUUGAGUCUAGAUGGUGAAAAAAUAAAUUCUGCAUCCAUCCCCUUUCCCCCAAACCUCCCUUUUGUGCCCCAGUUUGAUGAUUAAUGGACUAGCAUUUCCCUUCCAAGCGGGAAGGCCACCCCUCACAGUUGCCAUGGCAAUGCAGACCGCUCCCUGUCAAUUAAAAAAAAAAUCCCUACUACUUCUGUCCUCCUUGCUUCUGCUCUAGCAGGAGACAGGCUACCUCAGAACGCAUCUCCUGGGCUCUGUCAGCUGCCCAGGCUGUUUUUUGCUGUGUGUCCUAGAACACAGUCCUUCCUCUCUUUCGGAGGUGUGCCCGAGUUUCUUUACCCUGAGCAAAUUGUGCCCUUCUUGGAUCCAGCAGCCCCUGGACACACUUCUAUGAAAAAGCAGAGAAAAUUACUGUUUUUUUAUUCAUCCGCAAUGAAAAUCAAAAACCAGAAAGAGCCCUCUUCUAUCUUUUCCUUUUGGGUUAAAAAAAAAAAAAUCCUUUCCACACCUUCUCUGGUGUGCAGAGAUAUAAGUUGGGAAGGAUUUUGACAUCCCAUAAAGGAAGUUUCAGUAAACCUGGAAAGAAUUCAACCUCCCAACAUACAUACUUCACAUUGGAGUUCUAUGGGGAUUUUUAAUUUAUUUGUUUUCAUUCUUCGCCGCCUCUCUGUCCCAGCCUUCAGGAGGACUUGUGUGUUUUCAUUCUAUCUGUUCUUAUUCCUCUUGGCCUUGCUCCGGCAACAUCUGGCCUCAGCGCCCUGUCGCAAGAUCAGAGGGUGCUCCAUGACACACACUCGGAGGAAGUCCCUUCCCAUGCUGAGUUCGGGCCCCACUGGCCGCCAGGAGCCCCUGCAGAUGGAAGACAGUAAUAUGGAGCAGGGGGUGGAGGAUGUGGAGUCAGGCAUGCCUGAGAGCCCAGGGCAUCUCACAGGGCGCCGCAAGAACUACCCGCUGCGUAAGCGCCCAUUAGUUCCUGAGAAGCCCAAAGCCUGCAAAGUGCUACUGACCCGCCUAGAGAAUGUGGCCGGUCCACGGAGUGCAGAUGAGGCUGAUGAGCUGCCCCCUGACCUGCCCAAGCCCCCCAGCCCGGCCCCAUCCAGUGAGGACACUGGCCUUGCCCAGCCCCGCAAGCGACGCCUGGCCUCCCUGAAUGCCGAGGCCCUCAAUAACCUGCUGCUGGAGCGGGAGGACACCAGUAGCCUGGCGGGCACCCGCCGUAGUCGAGGGGGAGACCCUCACCGCGGUCGGGACCGUGACCGGGCCACUGGGGGCUGGUCCUCCAAGAAGCGGCCCCGGCUGGAGGACCUCGGAGGAGGAAGUCGGGACCUGUCCCCAGAGCCAGCACUGGAUGAAGGUGCCCGCCGAGAUGGUGACCCAGCUCCCAAGAGACUGGCCAGCCUGAAUGCAGCUGCCUUCCUAAAGCUGAGCCAGGAGCGGGAGCUGCCCCUGCGGCUGCCUCGUGCCCACCCAGAAGCUGAUGGGCGUUCCACUGAGCCGCCAGCACUGAAGGCCCCGAGGCCAAAGUGGGCCAAGGUCAAUGGCAAGAACUAUGCCAAGGCCCGGCAGGGGGCUGGCUCUGGGGAGGCUGCAGGGCCACCCAGCUGGCAAGGACACCCCGAGGAGCCAUGGCCAUCUGCCACCCUUCGUGGGCCAUCCAGCCAGCCACCUUACCAGCCCUUGAGCAAGGGUCUGGGGAGCCCCUUGGGGCUGCCCCCCCAACUGCCCCUGCUGAUGGGUGGGCAGGCAGCCCUGAAGCCGGAGCCUGGGCGCCCAGGCGAGGAGUCACCUGCCCCCAAGCAGGAACUGCACCAGCCCUCUUUCCCCACACCCCAGCUGUCCCCCCUGCCAAUGCCUGGCAACCCCGCCGAUUACAGCGGCCUGUGUGGCCGGCCUGAGCUCACUGCGCUAGGCAGCUUCUACCUGUAUUGCAGCCAAGACGGGCUGCAAUGUGGAGGCUACUCCCUCUGUCCCAUGCUCCCUGAGGGCAAGCUGUCCCCAGUGACUGCACCUAACGAGGGGCUCCUCUUGGCCCCAAGCUCAGUGCCCGUGGGCACGCCUUUCCAGCACCCUCCCUGGGGCUCUCGCUACUGCUCCAGUGAGGACCCUGGAGUGAAUGGCUACGGCAUCUGUGAAAUAUUGCCCUCGUCUCUUACCCACAUUGGCACUACCUGUGGCGGCUGCACCUACAAAAUGCCUUUUGCAGCAGAAGGCUGCAGGUCCUUGGGCCAGCUGGAAUUUCCUCUUCCGGAAGCCGGCCACCCUGCCUCACCUGCCCACCCCCUCCUGGGAUGCCCUGUGCCCAGCGUGCCACCUGCAGCAGAGCCUGUCCCUCAUCUUCAGACACCCACCUCGGAGCCCCAGACAGUAGCCCGUGCCUGCCCUCAGAGCGCCAAGCCUCCUAGCGGCUCCAAGUCAGGUCUGCGCACGGGCUCCAGCUGUAGGCACACUGCGAGGAGCAAGGCUGCCCGCAGGCCCAGCCACCCCAAGCAACCGCGUGUCCAGCGCCCACGCCCACGCCGCCGCCGCCGCCGCCGCACUAACGGCUGGGUGCCCGUUGGGGCUGCCUGUGAGAAGGCCGUCUAUGUCUUGGAUGAACCAGAACCAGCCAUCCGAAAGAGCUACCAGGCGGUGGAGCGGCACGGAGAGACGAUCCGAGUCCGGGACACUGUCCUCCUCAAGUCAGGCCCACGAAAGACAUCCACACCUUAUGUGGCCAAAAUCUCUGCCCUCUGGGAGAACCCUGAAUCAGGAGAGCUGAUGAUGAGCCUCUUGUGGUAUUACAGACCAGAGCACUUACAGGGAGGCCGCAGUCCCAGCAUGCACGAGCCUUUGCAGAAUGAAGUCUUUGCAUCAAGACAUCAGGAUCAAAACAGCGUGGCCUGCAUCGAGGAGAAGUGCUACGUGCUGACUUUCGCCGAGUACUGCAGAUUCUGUGCCAUGGCCAAGCGCCGAGGUGAGGGCCUCCCCAGCCGAAAGACAGCACUGGUGCCCCCCUCUGCAGACUACUCCACCCCGCCACACCGCACAGUGCCCGAGGACACGGACCCUGAGCUGGUGUUUCUUUGCCGCCAUGUCUAUGACUUCCGCCAUGGCCGCAUCCUCAAGAACCCCCAGUAGCCUCCUCAAGGCCAUGCUGGGCUGCCCACGGCAAGUGGGGCUCGGGGCAGGGGACACUGCUUGAAGCACAGCACUUGGUUAAGGGGCCACAGGGGCCUGAGGUUGCUGGCCUGUGGUUCUCUCGGGGGGAGGGCAGGGGCCCCUGUGGGUUCUGGGCCCCAUGGGAGGGAAGGGGAAGCCAGGUAUAAGAAAAGCUUCAGAGCUUCUCAGCUUUGCCCAGGGUACCUCUCUGUGGUCUCCUGGGCGGAGACUCCUGAAGAAGUAGUCUUCCCUGGGGCUGGGCCAAGCCUGAGGGGCAUGGGGCCCUGGAGGGUAGGGGAGGUCCUUCAGGAACCAGGCCCAACAGGCCCUUCUUUAGCCUCCCCUAGGCCCUUCGAGGGGGAGUGGGAGCCAGCUUUACCUCACCCACUGUGACCCGCUGCUUCCCCGUUAGCCUGGGACCAGGCUCUCCCCGAUUCUAGCACAGCUCCGAGCUCGUUCCUUUGAGGCAGAGAGAGCUAGAGUCUGGCUCCCAGAGCAUUGACUUUCUCUUCCUGGACUUGGGGCCUUUCCCUGGCUUUCCUCCUUUGCCCCUGCAGUAGCCCCUGGUGCUGGGACAAGUUACCCGGCCCUCACAGUCCUGAGUGUGGCCCACUUGUGGGAGUCAGCUUCCUGUCCGCCUCCUGGUGAGGGCCGCCCAGCAGGUCUGGCUUCCCAGAAGUUAACUAAUCAACAUGGGGUUUGUCAUGUCUGGGAGGGCAGAGGGGGUGGGGGCAGGGGGCAAGGAAAAUUGCUACCUGAUUUAUUGAAGACUUUUCCUCUUGCCUUACACUUGGAGGUUCUAGGAAACCUCUUGCAGAACUUCAUACAUGACUCUUCAAGCCACAACCACCUGAAAUCAAACCAAAGGAGUGCUGUGGCUCCCCUGGCCCUGCCACCCCUUCCCCUAGUCUUUUGUAGAUUGCACUAAUUUACAUCCCAGCGAGAAUCAACACUGUAUCAGUCCACAGACCUGCUGAGCUGCAGCCACUCACUCUAGGAGCUAAGGACCUGCAUUUUCAGUUUGUCCCUGUUGCCCAGGGGCCCUCUUCUCACCUCAUGCUGCUCCCCAGAGUAGAUUAGGAGGCUCAACCCAGUCCCCUGCUGUCCUUGCCAGGACUAGACCCUGGCCCUGGGGCUCUCUGUGAGGGAACUGGAGCAGCCUGGUUCUUUCCUAUUUGUACCAAAGAGGAGCAUAGUGGGGAGAGGGAGAGGAGCACAGCAUGGCUUGGGCCUGGCACUGGAACCUGCUUGUGAGCACUUCCACAGGGCACACACCUGGGGACAGAAGCCAAGGAGGGCAGCCCUGGGUCCUCCUCCCCUACGGAGCGGCAGACACAGACCCAACAGGCUGAGGAGGUGGCACUGGGUGAGGACAGGAGCUGGAGAGGGAGAGGUAGAAGCGAAUCCUGAGGGCACUCCCAGCAACCCCCUGCCCUGUGCUGUCCCUGAGAAGACGGGCUGCUCCUGAUUGUCACUGGGGUUGGGGGAGGCCUAGAGGCUUCAGAGGCAAAUUUACACGUGGGAAGCCCAAUCUCAAACCCAAAGGGAAGGGACUUGGGUUCCCUUGUGUUGAAUAAGCUGUUUAGAGGAAGGCAUCAUCGGUCCGGGAGAGCGGAGCAGUAAGAGAAGUUGGCAGAGUGGCGUGGGGGCUGUGAGGAGCCAGCCUUGGAGCCUGCUCAUUCCCAGGUGCUGAGUCCUUGCUGUCAAGGACCCCAGCCUCACCCAGCAGGAGAGGAGAUCACGGCCCCUCCUCCCAGGAGGUGGGGUCUGCUGCCCAGAACUUAAAUGCUUUUGAAAUCUCUUAGAUGUGGAACUAUUUUUUCGAACCUGAAAAUGCAGCUGGUAGAAUUUCAGUGGAAGCAUAAUUCAUGUAAAAUAUAUUUUAGUUGAUAUUUUGUAAAAUGCACUUUUUGUGUGUGUCGACCCUGGUUUCUCAGAUCUGUAUUUCAGUGUUUACAAGGGAGGGAGGACCUUUCUUCACCUCCCUUUUGACAGAGAUUAGAAGUACUUCUUUAAGAAAAAAAAUAAAUUUGAGAAAUUGUAUUGAUUUAGAAAAGGAUCAUU